AUGGAUUCUCCCUUCUCUUUAAUCCCGAACCUGGUUGUUCUGGAUUCCAAAGGCGACGGGCUUGUCAUUCUCCCAAAACCUCUCCCUUCGAUCCAGGUUUCCGUCACUGCUGUGUCCCUUGCAUCCAACGUCCUAGGCAAUAAGUUUGACCUCGAGAAUCGACUCGCUAUCGCCCCUGACGACAGCCCGGUCGCGGCUAGCAUCCUUCUUCGAGUAUUUCAUUUCCUCGAUCCUGCUGUUUCUGCAGACAACAUGACACCCGAGUUGCUGGCGGAGAUUGCGGAUCUGUGUUUGAAGUGGCAAUGUGUUCCUGCGGUGGGCCCGUACACCCAUUUUUGGGUGGUUACUGCGAGUGAGAAGUUGUGCGAUAAACUCGAGCCGUGGCUGGGUUGGUUGAAGAUUGGGAAGGCCUUUGCUAGGGAAGAUGUCGCCGCCAUGGUAAUCCAAGAGCAGGCGUAUCGCUGGUGGAAGGAUCUGGGGUUCGCCAACCUGGACGACCUGAGGCGCGUCGUUCAGCCAAGUUUGAUCAACGAGCUCAACGAAACCCGUAUGGAUGUCAUCCAGUACAUCGGCAAGGCAGUCAGCGAACAACUCAUCUGGCUCUCCAGCCAAGAGGAUCUCUGCUUGGUCACCGAUGCAACUAAGGAGGAGUCCGAGAUGUGUUCAUCGGCUCUGUGUGGAUCUUUUCUACGUAUCUUGCACAACAACGUCUUGAUGCCACUUCAAGACCAGCCGUUUGAGGCCCUUACCAUCCAGAGACUCAUCGGUAACGAUGGACUCCUCAAGGAUGUCGUCUUAGGCUUGAAGGAGCAUCCGGUUUGCCGGGCGAUGGCAGCCGAACUCCAGAUGUCACUUGUUAGAAAGAUCGAGCAAUAUGUCGCAGAUUCGACCUUGAAAUACCAGGUGUUUCUAUCCGCCGCCGCGUCGGGCGAGACGAAUCAAGGGACUGAGCCGGCGAACUCUACUGCGCUUCCUGUUCUCUCGACGCGAGAAGUAGUCAAGACUCAUGUUCUAUCGGAUUCGAACGCCGAGGGCGAGAUGAAGCUUAAUGACAACUCCGAGCCCGAGCACACCGAAGCGGAGCCCGAGAGGCCAACCGCUGAAUCGCCUAUUACAAUGCCCUUCGAAACGACCAAGAGGGAGACUUUAGAGCCCAUCGUCGAAGAGCCUGUUACGGAGUUCUUGGAGCCAAUCAGCGUUCAAUCCGUCGGAGAACCUACCGUGCUAGUCCGUGAGGAUUCCACCAAAGAGCUCGGGGAAUCAAUCAUCGAGGAAUCGGUAGAAGCACUUCCCACGUCGGUUGCCGAGAAAUCCGUCGAAGACCUUCGCAACCUGGUCGCCGAUGUUCUCACAUUGGAUCCCAGGGAGCCAAUUGUCGAGAGAUCAAUUGGAGAGCCGGUGGGGACGGUUGCCGAAGAAUCAACCGAGGAGUCCAAGGAGCCAGUUAUCGUCGAGCAACACGCCGAAGGGCUCAUAGAGCGAGCUUUUGAGGCUCUCACCGGAGUGCUAAAGAGGCUGAAAGUCGAACAAUCGGACGUACAGGUCUCAAGACCAGUUGUCGUGGGACACAUCGAAGGGCCCAUGGAACUACUCGCCGACUUCCCAACUGGACAGACUGUGAAUCUUACUGUCCAGGAAGCGGACCUUAUUAAAGGCUAUUUUGAUUCUCUGGAUGCUGAGGAUUACGGCAAGCAGUGGACCGCAGAGCAUGCGCAGCCAGUAAUCGAGGAAGCAAUUGGAGAGCUCGUCCAUCCCACUGCCGAGGUAUAUUCCCUGACGUAUGUGCAGCAGAAGCCCGCCGGAAAGCCUAUUCCGGGGCCUAUUGAAGUUCCAGUUGCAGAGCCCAUCGAGCCAAUCGCCAAGGAACCAGUCGUCGAGGAAUACACCAAAGAGCUUGUUCCAGAGCCCGCCGAUACCCCCACGGGAGGGCUCAGCCUUGAAGUUGCAUCAGAAACUGCUGGAACAUCAGUAGGAACUCUGCUUGAGAAGCUUGACUACCUUACAUCGGGGGUCUUGAGCAGAACAGUGGAAAACCCAUUUGAGGAGUUCAAGAUCGACAUUGAGGAGCCAGUCAAAGUCGAAACCCCGGCGAAGGUAGCACAGGAGAAGUCUGCGAUUGGACCGAUGGACGCUCCCCUCGAAGUUUCGAGUGACUUUGAGGCCGAAAAUAACGCCGUCCUCAUCAAGACUUCUUCGCCAGCUGCUGAACCGGACGCCACUGUUAGUUCCACUUUCACUGGCGACCAUGACAAGAAAGCUGAGAUGGUGCAUGAUAAGUCGGCGGAUAUCGAGCGUUGCCAGCCCUCAACGCUUGUCGAUGUCGACGUCUCGAAAGAUGAUGGUACUCCUGUGGGUGUGCCAAUCAUCGAAUCGCCGCCUGGCGAGAUGGAUGCACUGAAAACCGCCUUCGAGCGCCUCGACCACUCGCCCGCUCCGAAAGGGUUCAUUCUCCAAGAGGAGACGCUAGAUGACGAUAUCGUGGAGGAGGAGGAAAAUACCGACCAGCAGGAGGAGGAUACCGACCAGCAGGAGGAGGAUACCGACCAGCAGGAGGAGGAUACCGACCAGCAGGAGGAGGAUACCGACCAGCAGGAGGUACAUAAGGCGGAGGAGCGGGAGCCGAUCUGCGAUAAAUCCAACGAAGCUGAUCGCAGCAAGGCUCCUUCCUCGGAUGUUCAAGAGACUGACCCCGAUGUUAAUGCGGUCGUCCCCGUUGGUCAUAAGUCGACCACGAUGCGGCGGGCAGCUUUGAAGCGUACUGCACCGGAUUACGUCUCUUUUCAAGGAACCAGACCUGGCAUCAGUCACUCGCCUCCGCUGAAGAGAUCAAAGCUUGUCGAUCCCGACUUCGAAGCACGUUCUAGAUUCCCAGACACCAAGAAGCCUCAAACCGAGCAGCCCGAGACCAAGAAGGAAAACCCCCAGAUCGAAAAGAACCCUUCCACUCUGGGUGUUGAAGCCAUUCGCCAUUCGCCCUUGCCUUCAGCAACGAAUUCCACGGUCGCUGUCCGCCGCCUCGGCCGUCCCAACUGGACAAACGAGGAGCGCCGAGCCCUGGCUGCCAGUCUUGUCGAUCCGGCCAGAAAGGGCGUCCUCAAGUAUCUCCGUGCGAAAUACAAAAUGGUCAGUCCGGCCCAUGUUCUAGAUAUCGUCAACAAGCACAACUGGGAUCUCACGGAAGCCGAGAAGGCUGUCGAGGAUCUGCACAAUCAGAUCUAUACUGGACAGAUUGUCUUGUAA